AUGGACUUGGUUUGUCCCAUCGAGCACCUUUGCUACGUUCGUUGCACCUACUGCAACACUCUUCUUGCGGUUGGAGUUCCAUUCAGGUGGUUGAUGGACAGAGUGACUGUGAAUUGUGGUCACUGCCACCACUUGUCCUUUCUCAGUCCUGGAGAUGUAGUGCAGUGCAUUUGCCCCAUCAGCCACCUGCAGAUGAGUCUUCAGGGUCCUUGCUUUGGCUCAAGGAGAGAACCACCUUCACUGCGGAGAUCAUCGACUUCAGUGCCAAAGAAACACAGAGCACCAUCAGCUUACAAUCACUUCAUGAGAGAGGAAAUACAGCGAAUCAAGGCAGCCAAACCUGACAUACCUCAUCGAGAAGCCUUCAGCAUGGCAGCAAAGAAUUGGGCUAAUUCUGAUCCGCGCAACUCAUCUGAUGUUUAGAUGUAAGAUCAACUGCCUU